UUUUUGUCCAAUAAAUCCUUGACUUAAUCGUAUAAGAAGGAAAAAUCAAUUGGUCAAUUAUAAAGAGUCACUGUAAAAGUCCUCUCAGAUAUGCUGCAAAUUACAAAACAAAUCGUAUGUAAGUCGCCAAAACUCAAUUUGGUUGCCGCACCGAGCUUGGCUGGAAGUGGAGUCCAAAGUACCAUGCACAAUACGGCAACGAUUAGAAAUCUACAUCAAAAGAACAACAACAACCACUACGCUAGUAAACUUGUUAGCCACAAUCUGUGCCAUAAACGCCUGUCCAGCAGUGCCAGUCAAAGUUCGAACGUCGUCAGCAUGAAACGCUUAACAGGAAAAGUGGCGGUGGUCACAGCCUCGACCGAUGGUAUUGGGUUUGCAAUUGCCAAACGCCUGGCAGAGGAUGGAGCGUCUGUGGUCAUUAGCAGUCGUAAGCAGAAAAACGUUGACAACGCCCUUGCCGAGCUACGAAAGUUGAAUCUCAAUGUGCACGGCCUGCAGUGCCAUGUGAGUGAGGCGGCGGACCGUAAGCAACUAUUCCAAGAGACCAUUAGCAAGUACGGCAAACUGAAUAUACUCGUAAGCAAUGCAGCCGCAAAUCCCGCUGUUGGUGGUGUUUUGGAUUGCGAUGAGAAGGUUUGGGACAAAAUAUUCGAUGUCAAUGUGAAGAGUUCGUACUUGCUAGCCAAGGAAGCGCUGCCCUUUCUUCGCCAGCAGCAGGGCUCCAGCAUAGUAUUUGUGUCUUCUAUUGCCGGAUACGAUGCUUUUGAGCUGUUGGGUGCCUAUUCGGUGAGUAAAACGGCAUUAAUUGGUCUGACCAAAGCCGCCGCCAAGGACUUGGCACCGGAGGGUAUACGCGUCAAUUGUCUUGCUCCUGGAAUAAUCAAGACAAAGUUCUCCAAGGCGCUCCACGAAAAUGAAUCAGCUAAUGAAGCAGCCCUUAGCAAGAUACCAAUGGGGCGUUUGGGCACUAGUGAGGAAAUGGCUGGUGUUGUGUCGUUCUUGGUCUCCGAUGAUGCUAGCUACAUAACUGGUGAAUCGGUGGUAGCUUCUGGCGGUAUGACCGCUCGUCUGUAAUACUCUGUCUGGUUCAAUAUAUAAAUACAUGAUGUGAUUUAUUCGCUUACGUGCUAUGAAUAACAACAGCGUGUUUAAAAAAAUA